GAGUAUGGUAGUCUACUGUUAUCAUUAGUUUAUUCAUGACAGACAUUGUUUGAUUACGGAUUAGUAGUGUUACAGCAUGUAUAUAAAGUGUCGGCAAUUUUAGUAGUCUGUUAUUGUUAGCCUGGCACUCCCUCACUAACUGAAAAUGUUUCUCUUCAAGAAUAAAUGUGCAGUGAUUUCAGUAUUUUCAAUUCUAAUAAUCAUAGCCACAGUUUCUUUGGUGACUGUUUACCAAAUUUCUCAUCAUAAGGUUCAUGCUAGGAAACGUGUGAUUCCAAUGGUCAUGAACACAUGGGAUUUCAAACGCGCAACAGCUAGUGCAUGGGAGAUAAUAAAGAGUACCAAGUCUGCAGUUAAUGCGGUGCACGAAGGAUGUUUAAUAUGUGAAAUAGAUCAAUGUAAGCAUACUGUUGGUAUGGGAGGAAGCCCGGAUGAAAAUGGAGAAACAACACUGGAUGCCUUGAUCAUUGAUGGAGCUACAAUGAAUGUUGGAGCCGUUGGUGGACUGAGAUCGAUCAAAAGUGCCAUUUCAGUGGCAAGGAAAGUUAUGGAUCAAACAAAGCACACCUUGCUAGCUGGUGACCUAGCUACCCAAUUCGCUCUAAAUUUGGGCUUUGUGCCUGAGUCAUUGCUAACGGACUAUUCUUACGGCUUAUGGAAGAGCUGGAGAGACAAUAAAUGUCAACCGAAUUUUUGGAAUAAUGUUUCUCCAAACCACACGCAAACGUGUGGUCCAUAUUAUAUAUCAGAAGGACUUGAAGAUGCGACAGAGGAUGAAUAUGGCAGCUCCACAAACCAUGAUACAAUUACUGUUCUGGCAAUAGACGAGGCAGGAAAUAUCGCUGCUGGUGGAUCCACCAAUGGACUCAUUCACAAAAUCCCUGGGAGAGUAGGCGACACCCCGAUUCCAGGGGCUGGAGCCUAUGCUGAUAAUGAAGUCGGUGCAGCCUCUGCCACAGGAAAUGGUGAUAUUAUGAUGCGCUAUCUACCCAGCUUUUUGGCCGUAGAAAUGAUGAGGAUGGGAAUGUCUCCGAAGCAAGCAGCUGAGACGGCGAUAAAGAGAAUUUCGUCACGACACCCGAGAUUCUUUGGAGCCGUGAUUGCCGUCAAUAUUUAUGGAGAUUUUGGAGCAGCUUGCAAUGGGAUGGAAACAUUUCCAUUCUGUGUAGCUAAUGAGGAGUUGGGGGUUAAAAACUUUUCAAUUCCCUGCAACAUUUAAGAAACAUUGAAAUCAAGUAAACUUAUAUAAAAUAUAUACUAUGUGGAAAGAAAUGUCUCCGAAGCAAGUAGUGGAUAUUUAUUGCUGCAACAUUAUGGUUUCAGCUUUUUGGCUGUAGAAAUGAUGAGAAAUGGAAUGUCUCCGAAGCAAGCAGCUGAGACAGCAAUAAAGAGAAUUUCGUCACGACCCCUAAAAUUCUUUGGAGCGGUGAUUGCAGUAAAUAUUUAUGGAGAGUUUGGUGCAGCUUGCAAUGGAAUGAAUCGUUUCCAUUUUGUGUAGCUAAUGAGGAGUUGGGGGUUAAAAACUUUUCAAUUGCCUGCAGCAUUUAAGAAAAAGUAAAAUCUGGGAUACCUUUCAGUUGGGAGCUGUAGGCAUCUUCUAAUGUUUUAGGCAUGCAGUUUCACUGUAUAGACAAGCAGCGGCAAACAUCGAGUUUCCAGAAACAUAUUUAUCGCUGUAACAUUAAUGUAUCAGCUUUUUGCCCGUGGAAAUAAUGUGGAAUGGAAUGUCUCCGAAGCAACCAGCUGAGACAGCAAUAAAGAGAAUUUCGUUACGACACCCAAAAUUCUUUGGAGCGGUGAUUGCAUUCAAUAUUCAUGGAGAGUUCGAUGCAGCUUGCAAUGGAAUGGAAACGUUCCCAUUUUGUGUAGCUAAUGAGGAGUUGGGGGUUAAAAGCUUUUCAAUUCCUUGCAACAUUUGAGAAAAACGUGAAAUCAAGUGAACUUAUAUAAAAAUUAUAUUUCAUAGAAGCCAAUAAUGGCACCAUAUCCACUCCUUUACUAAGUCAACUUUGUAAUAAUAUUGUUACACAAAUUAAUUCAUGUAUUCUUGACUAAGUACAUUCUGCAGUAGCCCACUGAUAACAUUCUGGAAAUGCUCGAAAAUAAAUGUAACCCUUCCAGUUCAUAAAUUUGAUUUACAUAGAUAAUUUGUUAUCAGAAUAAUUUUAAAAUAUUGUUUCAUUUCUAUACAAACAAUACCAUCAUUGUAUAUAAUAAAAAUGAAUAUUUACUGUGA